AUGGCUCCUCGAAGGAUGGAAACCAAACCGCUCAUCUUCUGCCUGAAGACCCUGCUGCUGCUCUAUUCCUUCAUCUUCUGGGUGACAGGCGUGGUCCUGCUGUCGGUCGGGCUGUGGUGGAAGUUCAUGCUAGGUCCGUACACGCUGCUGAUCUCCAGCGGUCCGUUCACGGCGCCGUACGUCUUGAUGGGCACCGGCGCCGCCAUCAUGCUGUUUGGGCUGUUCGGCUGCUUCGCCACCUGCAGGGGGCGCCCCUGGAUGUUAAAGCUGUACGCGGUCUUCCUGUCACUGGUGUUCAUGAUCGAACUCAUCGCCGGGAUCUCUGGAUUCGUGUUUCGCCACGAGAUUAAAGGCACAUUUCUCACCACAUACAGCGACGCUGUACUGAAGUACGACGGGCGGGACGACCGCAGUCUGGCAGUGGACAGCGUCCAACGCAGACUGCAGUGCUGUGGAGUGCAUAACUACACCAGCUGGUUCAGCAGCGCUUAUUUCUCCAUCAGCGGGGUCCCUGCGAGCUGCUGCGUCACAUUUGCAGACUGCAGUGGAACCGACCUAAAGAACGCAACGCUGGCAGCACAGAAAGUCUAUAAACAGGGUUGCUAUGAGUUGGUGACGUCCUUCAUUGAGAGCAACAUGGGAAUCAUUGCUGGAGUAACGUUUGGCAUCGCCUUCUCUCAGCUGGUCGGGAUGUCUCUGGCCUGUUGUCUGUCUCGACUUGUCAACGCCAACCAGUAUGAGAUGGUUUAA